AUGGAUCCCAGCUCGUGUGAAGAAUCGCUAUGGACAAACUGUGUACGACAUGCUAACGGAAGAGGAUGUUUUGUGGAGAAGACAAACCAGAUGCGUGGAGAAAGGCACCGGAGAGUUAGCUGCGAGAAGGCUGAAGCCAAGAUGCCGUUCAACCAGGAAGACCGACAGUACCAUGGUAUGGCAAGGACGAUCGCCGACGUCAACGACAAUGUCAACGAUCGAGCACCAACUAUCGUGCCGCCGACAACGACUAGACCAGUUCGACAACGCCGACCGCCGAUAGCAACCUGA